AUGGUGUUCGAGAUCCACGUCAUCAUCAAGCGGGAUAUUUCCAUGCAUGAGACCCUCACAGUCGACAUACCAAUGCCCCGACUCGCGGCCUCUUCCAUCCGUAUACGCACAUCACUAAUCGGUAUCACAUCCAAUAACUUCACAUAUGCAACGCUGGGCGACAUGCUACAGUGGUGGAACACAUGGCCUGUCCCAAUAGACGGGCCGGCUCCCUACAACAACAGGGAUGAGUGGGGUAUCGUCCCGGCUUGGGGCUUCGCGAGGGUGCUUGAAUCAACUGUUGAUGCCAUCCAGACUGGCGGCCUGCUGUACGGAUUCUGGCCCACCUCAUCGCAUCCCUUCGACAUGAGACUCGAGCCAGCCGAGCCCAAAGGUCAUUUUCGUGAGAUCAGCGAGCAUAGGCAGGGGCUGGGAAGUAUUUACAACCACUACAACCUCGUCGACGAGUCAGCGCAGUCGGAAGAGUUCAGGGCGUGGUUCGCCAACGUAUACCCCCCUUGGAACGGCGGUUACGUGUUGAACCGUUUCACCUACCCGACGGAUUUCAAGCCAGUCCAUCCAUUGGGUCAGGGGGCUGGAGAAUGGACUGAUCAGGAUGCAGAUUUGAGCUCCGCUAUGGUCGUCAGUCUAUCCGCAGCGAGCAGAACGGCGAGGUCCUUCACAUGGAACUUGGCUCGCAACCGCAAGCCGGGAAACGGGCCGCUGGCUCUCCUCCAGGCCACCUCUGUGCCCCAAUCUUUGACGCCUGCGUUCGAGUCGGAGUUCGAAAUCAAGGCGGUCAACUACGACAGUCUCGUUUCACAGGAGGUCACGGGUUGGAUCGCUGGAUUCCAACCGAAGCGCGUUGUCGUCGCGGACUUUGGAGGCCCCCCUGAAGUGACUGAGAAGUUGCUAGAGACUAUCAAAUCAGCGCUCUCGGAGUCCACAGUCAUCAGCAACCUUCUGGUUGGAGCUCAGCCUAAAGUUGUGCCACAGAACGAGAUGAUAGCAAGGAUGGGAUCGCAGAAGAAAUGGGGUACCGUCCAGCUCAACACGACGGGUGCUGUCGACGCCGGAAUAGCUGCCGAGGGCGCCGAGCAUUAUCAUCAGGAAAACGUCUCCGCAUUUAAGCGAUCUCUGAAAGAGAACAUUGCCGGAGAUCUCGAGCUGGCAUGGGGAAGCGGGGUUGGGGGCGCAAAUGGGGUCGAGAAGGCGUGGGAGGAUCUUGCCAAGGGGACCUUGUCCUUUAACAAGGCAUGGGUAUAUCGAUUGGAGUAA